AUGCACGGUGCUAAUGUACGGAAGGAGGCCAUAGGUAUCGACACCAACAAGAAGAACAGCUACGGGUCAAUGUCUACGGUGACUACCGAGGAAGAGACAUCAACGGAGGUACACUUCGAGGAGAGCGCAUGGAGCAUCCCCAUUCUAGCCGCCAUCGUUGAUAUCGAUGUGGGCCUUUUCGACAGAUUGUUCGCUGGCCUUCUGAUCCUUUUAAACUUCGGCAUGCAGGCUGCUUUUUCCUGGGUCCUUCUGACUGAUGCCUUCAUCGGUGAGUCGUUUGAGACGCGCGUGGAAAGUGCUAAGAUCUGGCGGACAAGUGUGGCCCAUGACUACAAGUACCUGGACUUGGCAGACACAAGCUUGGUGUCCCGCGUAUGCUCGGGAGAUGGUGCUUUGAUUCUGUCCACCCAGCAGGCCACCCUGAUCCAUCACAUCAACAGCUUUCUGGGCCUUGAGAAAGCUCAGUUCGAGCAUUCGAUCUUUCAACCUGGUGUUGGGCUUAACAGCGAUCAGGACUUGAAUGAGUUCCGGCGAAUUUGGCUGCAGUUGGAGGCAGCUUGGACGAUUCCCCGGCGUCGAAGGACGAGAUUCAAAAACAACUCCUUCAUCAGUAUGUCACGUGGGCGCUUCGCCUUGUUGUUGGUGACGUACAUUUCUCGGACAGUCAUUGCUUCUGUUCUGCUUGCAGCUGGAAUUCUGUGGCUGGCACGCACGACGUCCAUUGAAGAGCUGAUGCUGAAUGCCGUGGCGCUUAAUGCUAUCCUGGAUGUUGAUGAGUUUCUCUUUUCAGGUAUGACGCCUAUCAAGAUCCAGCAUGCUAUUCAAAACCUGAAGCCUAUCAAAGUCAAGUACAGCCGAGCUCGCAGUCAGUUCGAGUCAUUCGUGCAUAUGGUAUCGCUGAUCGUGCUUGUCUUCUUGGCCUACUAUCUUUUGCUUGUGCCACUAAGUGAUACAAUGCUGGCUGUAAAGAAUGAGCUCUGUGGCGGGGAUCAAACAUUUGUGGUCUCUUACAACUCCGACAGCCAGCAGACAUAUGGCCUGAUGACCAAAGAAACCCGAGACUACAGCAUUCUGUCGGUCAGCGAGAUUGCAGUGCAGAAUCACAAAGCCACAUCGCCUGCGACCACCCCUGGGCCGAAUGUGCCCACAUAUCUCACCAUGUCGGGGAACAAGGAUCUGUUCAUCGGAGAUCUCUCGAAGAGCAUGGCGGAAGAAGCAGCUGUCACCCCUUUCUGCAUCGAGAGUGUUACCAUGCCUGGCAAUCCACUCUACUCAGAUGCUAGCAUGCAAAUGAUGGCUGCGGCACGCAUUCAGACGGCU